AUGACUACCACUACUACUCCUUCCACUCGUCUUCCCAUAGACCAUCCUCAACAGCCUGUACGAGUACAAGGCUUCUCCCAAGGGACCUAUGGCUUCCUCAAUCCGCCCCGCUCCUCAAACCCCAAAAUGCGCUCCUCGUUUAGCCGUCACAUCCUUGACGCCAUGAGGCUUUACAAAGGCGGUUUUACUGAACCUGAGUGGGCCCACUCGCUGAACGACGCCUUCAGACUCUUCCUCACCGGGACCGGCGUGGGUCCCGCGACACAACCUCGGUUCUACAUGAGAUGCGGACAGUCUCUCGCCUCGUCUUGGAUCCCUGAGGGUGUAGAGUUCUUUGACACAAAGAUGGUACGGGCGAUCAAUGGUCUGUCUGAAAGUAGCGGUAAGUCGUUUUUGCGUGUCCACCGAUGGUUUCGCUCAUUCAUCAUAGGCUGGCGAGCGAUAGAACUCCCUGACCUCACUCUCACCUGUUCGAGAGCCGCUCCCGUGAAGCAGGCGGCACCCCCCCACGCCAAACAGUCCUCCACCGAAUCCUCUGGCUACUCGAUGACCAAUCGUACCAGCAUCAAACUCAGCUCGACCGACAGGAAAAAGCUCGAGUCGUUGCAAGCUUUUCUCUGGGAAAACAGAUGGACAGCCGCAGUCCUGAUUGUCAAGUACGAGUUCGACCUGGCUUUAAAGGGGUUGGCCCAACUGGCAGCUUGUCUACUCUCCGCCAACGAGCAAUGUGCAACCCGAAUGGGGCUGCUUAUAGUCGCCAACCGUUUCUCACGAGUGAUCACAAGCUCCAAACCCUCGGGCCUCACCACCCAGGACACCCAGGACACGACCCUUAUCCUUGUGGAGUGUGCGGAUUCUGAAAGAUGGGGCGUCGUGGAAGACAUGACUCGGAUGACAAAAGCCAACCGAAACCAUUUACUCUAUCCCGAAAUCCGUACCUCAGACCUAGCACACGAUUUGAUCAGGUCCAUAAACUACGACAUAGGAGAUGUCAACAUCGGCAGUGACGCGGAGGACGUCUUAUACCGAUACAUCUCGACCGUUACGACCUUUGCCGCGGAGAUCCCCAUCGAACCACUUCUCACGCACGCUCAGCUUUCUCAACUGUAUGAGUCGGCAGGACUGGCAGAAUUUGAGUCCUAUUCACAGGUGAUUGUGAUGAAGACUCCGAUGUUGGUGUCGAACGGGCGAGUCGAGCCACAGUGUGAUAGUAGUUCAGUCGACGAAGAGCUCGCUGUAUCGGCACCCGUCUCGACCACACAGCUUGUGAUGCAAGAUCGUUUUGCUACGAUGUCCCAGACAUUUGAACCCCACAAGAUUGAUGGCGAAUCAUCUCGAAAGAGGAAAAGGCAAGGCUCCGGCAAACAUUCUCCUGGGUUCGUGUUGCGUACUCGGUCAAGCUCUUCCUCAAGCGCCGGAAGCGGCGGAUCAAGACCAGAAGGAGGUAACGAUGGUGGUGGCAGCGGGGAUAACGGCGGUGAAAGUGAUAUUAGAUAUCCAAGUUGCGGACCAGAACUUGAAGAUAGGCCGGAGAAGAAUUCACUGGGCAAAGACCCAGCGUCCAUCAACCCCAUAUUAGCGGGAUAUCUUUCCGAACUGGCGGGAGACCCAACGACCGCGCGAACGCUUCGGCAGAGAAUGCAUCAGGGACCCCAAUCGUGGCAAGAAGUCGGCCGGUGUUCAUCAACUGCCAGUUGGGGAGGUGACGAUUCUGAUGGAGACCCGAAGGCAAUGCAUGCACAACUCUCGGAAUUGGUCAAAUCUGGAUACUGGCGUGCUAUGGUUGACCUGGGUGUUCAGUUCGCUUGGAUUUCGCCGGAACAAAUGGACACCCUAAUAUACAAAGACAGAAGCCAAGGCGACUCCAAAAGCGGCCUGAAAGUUCAGGGGCAUAGCAAUGUUAGCCAAUAG